GUGUAAUCGUUUGACGCCUUCAUACAUUUAUUUGAUAUCCAUUCUUUAAUUAUAUAUAUAUUAUAUUUUAAAAUGAGUAUGGAAAUCGUGAAUUCUUUGGUAUUUGAUUACUUGAAUUUGAUUGAUCAAAAUCUUGCAAACGUGUUUCAGACCAAGACGAAAUACGUGAGUAUUGUACAUCAUUUUUAUUUUUUAAGAUACGAAAUUGGUUUGUGAAGGAAACAAUCAUGUGUAUAUGCUUGAUUUUUAAAGUUUUCACUAACCAUAAAUCCACAAAUCGAUUGUCAUCGUUUUCAUUUUAAAUAAAAUAAAUUUUUUUGAAUUUACUUACAUAAACCAAUACGAUUUGAUUAUUUUUGUUUUUUAACCUAAUCAUUAAUCGAAAUCAAUAUAUUUAACUUCUGAUUGUAUUUAAAUGUAUGUUAAUUAAAUGUUCAACUUGCAUUUGUGUAAAUAAAAAUUGAUCUUGUACUUUAGUCAGAACUGAAAUGUUUGAUCCAUAAUAUUUGAUAUUGAAGUUUAAACCUUAAUUGUUCUUAACUUUUUUUGACUUUUUGGAUGAAGGUUUUUUUUUUCUCAAGUACUUAGAUAUAUUAAAUUAAAUUAUUAUUUUGUAUGCUUCUUAAAUAAUCUUACAUCUUUGAAGAUAGACAAUUGAGUGAGAUAUGCAUAUAGGUGCAACUAGACAUUUGAACAAGGGUGUGCUUAAGCUCCAGGUUUUUUUUUGAAUUCAGUGGGGCCUUUUUUUUUUGUUUGUUCGAAGCAAUGCCCAGUGGGACCUACACCUAACAUUAUUAUUUACCUAUUUGUAAAUACAACAACUAAAAAUAUAUUUUAUUAAAAUUAUUUAAUAUAAUAUUAAAUAUUAAAAUCCAUACGUCAGUUUUCCUCAGAGUAUUCAUCUAAUAUAAUAAGCCAAGAUUAUCAACAAUAUCUCUCUUGAUGUGCAAUAAGGAAAGAUUUCUGAAACUAUCUUGUAUCAUAGAUGUUCUAGUUUUUGAUACAAAAAAUUACUGAAAAAGAUCAUUCAUAUGAUGCAGAACUGAUAAGUAGUAUCAGGGCUACUUUAAGUAAAAAAUUAAUAUUAGGAUAUACUUCUUUAGAAAUUAUUUUUUUAAAUUCUUCUAAACCAAAACUUGGUUCUAACUGUAUGGCACAUUUGAGUGCUACAAUCAUUUCACAGUGUAAUUCUUCAUUAUUAAUAGAAAACAAUGAAAAAUAAAUUAAUAAUUACGAUUAUAGAUGUAUUAAACAAUUAUUAUAUUCCAUUUAUAUAUAUAUAUAUAUUUAUUAAAAUUGACUUACUUGGUAAUGAUUAAUUAACAUCAUGUUUUUAUCUAUAUUUAAUUUCAUGAAAACAAAAUAAUUGAUAAUAUGUUAAAACAAUUUAAUACAAUAAGUUAUUAAUCAAGAAUCAAUAUUUUUUGUUUUAUUUUUAUUACACUUAAUUUAUUAUUUUAUUUAUUUGAAGUAUAGGUUGCUUUGGAGUCGAAUUAAUAUCACCCAAAUCAAUAUCACCCAAAUCAUCAUACUGUAUAUUCAAAUUUAAAAUAUCCUUUUUUAGUUGAAUGUUUUCAUCACCAUUAUGUUCAUGUUGUUCGUGGUUACAUAUUUUCCUUACUUUUGAUUCAUCACUAUCAGUCGCGACAGCCUCGUCAAAAUUAUUUUUUCUUGUUAAUGAAUUUUGUUUUUAAUGUUAAAAAUUGGAAAGAUACUUAAAAUUAAGUAAAUUUAAAUUAUAAAUAUUAUAAAAAAGUAUAAAACUAGAUUGGUUUAAAAUAAAUAGAAGAAAUAUACAGUAUUAAUAAAUAAUGCAAUAUGCCAAUAUCUUAUUACCUGCCACCGUCUAAUGAUCUAACACACCACCCCAUUACAAAUUACAUGUACAUUAUACAGAGUGACAUAUUGCCGGUAUGCCAAUCGUUAUCAUGAAGAAAAUGUCAAUCUCUCAGAAGAAACCAGAUUUUGUUACUGAUUAAAUAACAGUAUAAAUAUAUAAUAAUAUUGCAGUACAGAAAAUUAAACUUGGGCAGAAAAGUAGUGCUUUUUUAUUUCUAAAUUAAAUCAGCACAUUCAAUUCAACAUUAUAAAUAAUAAAAUGUUAUAUUAUAAAAAUUGCUAGUGUUAUUGUAAUUCGAUAAAUUAUUAUGUUUUCAUUAAAACAUUUUGAAUGAGUUUUUAGGCGGUGCUAAUGUUGGCUUAUGAUGUGCUAAGAACGCACAUCAUAGCUGUGCCAAAUCUAACCCUAUGCAAUAUUUUGAAAUAAACACAUGUAUCUAUGUCUAUCCUUUCAUGCAUCUAGUGAUAAAAGCUAAUCAUAAGAAACACUGAAUUUUAUUAAAUAAUUUUAACUUAUAACAUACUUAAUAAUUAUUUGUAUACAUAGCUAUCUAAAUAUUUGUUGUAAUAAUUAAAAAUAUGCCACAUACCUAUCUAGAUUAAAAAUUAAAUUUAGAUUAAUAUUAUUCAAAACUAUGUUUCUAAAAUAUUCAAUUAGUGUUAUAGGUUUAAUAUUCGUAUCUAUUAUUUUAGAUUAUUUUUUUGAAAUGUAUUUGUUAUAGUAUUUUAUUUCUUUGAUCAUAUUUUUGUUAAAUUAAUUCUUAAUUAAAAUGUUUAGAUAAAAUUGCGGAGUGGACAAAAUAAAUUAGUACAGAUAAUUAAUGAGCACUUAGAGUAUGUAUAAUUUGAUUUAUAUUUUAUCACAACUACUUAUCUAUAAGAUAUUUCUUAAAUCAUCUAAAUUACAAUAUUUUUAGUAAUUCAAAGAAGAUAAUUAACAUGCAGAAAAAUGGAUCAUGUAAGUUUCUUUUUAGUACUUUAAGAGUUAAUUAAAUAUUUUUGUUCUCUAAGGUUAUGUAACCAAAACUAGUAGUAACUGUAAUAAUUUAUGUACUUUAAUAAGACUCAUGGAUUUUGAUACUGAUUGCUUUUAGAUUCUGAAAUAAUUUUUUUACCACAAUUUGUUCUGAUUUUUAGGUGUGGCUCCUUUUUAGAAAGGAAAUUGGUGUGGGGAGGUACUUAAGGGAAUUAAUUUUUCAAAACCGAAAAUCGAAAAAAAGGGAGGGAAAAUCUGAAAAAGCACGAAAUAUUGUUAGUAAUAUAAUAUAAUUUCAAUAGAGAGUUCAUUUUUUAUAUUUUGCUAAUUUUCCCAAUAAAUCUGGAAAAGAUAAAGGGAAAACUUUAGAAAAAUGGGAAAAUAGGUACAUUAUUGAACAAAUAUUUUUAAAGAAUAUAUAUAUUGCUUAUGUAAUUAUUUUAUCGUAAUAUAUGAUAUAUAUAUAUAUAUAUAUGUAUUGUUGACAAAGCAACUACACUAUCAAUUGAACUUGGCUCAGAAUCGUUUUUUAAUUAAUGAUAGUUAAUUGUUGCUAACAGAUAUACAUUAAAUUACAUUUAAGAGUGGCUGCACCUUUCCCCAUUAUCCUAGGAUAUCUUUUGUUUCUUUAUUUUUUAUUUUCAUUAAAAAAACUUAAAUAUAUUUUUAAAAACUUAUUAAUUUAAGAAAAAAUUGAUUUCUUACUGGACCUCUUAGAACUCUUGAAUAUUUGUAUAACUUAAUUCUUCUGGUUUUUAUUAUUUUAUUCCUAACAAUAAUUGACAUUGCAGAUUGAUAAGAAAAAUUGAAGUAGGUCAAGGAAGUUUAAAACAUUGUACAAACUAUAAGGAUGUCUAUAAAUAUUAAAUUUAAAAAAAUUAUUUUUAACUGAUUUUUGCAUUACGUUUUGUUUAAGUGUAUUAUUUAACUUGACUAAUGGACAGUAUUCUAGGUUAGAAUGAACUAAAGAAAAAUAAAAAAGUUUUGGUGAAAUAUGAUCAGAAAAAGAACCAUAGUAUGCUUAAUGAAACCUAAAUAUUUUUGACUGAAUAGAAACAUUUGAUUUGGUGUUAACGAUUAUUCCCAGGUCUUUAAAAUCAGAGAAGAGAUAUAUAAUAUUGAUAGUUCAUUGGAUUUUUCAUAUGGUUUUACAUUUUCAAAAAUUUUUUGGAUUUCGUUUGACUAAAGAUUGAAAUUUAUUUAUAUAAUUAUUGUAAUCAAAUUUACAAAGUUUUUUGCAUUUAGCCCUCAAGCCGGAAAAAUUUAAGUAUUCAGUGAUAUUAUAUUUUUUAUUAGAAAGCUGAGCAAAUUUUUUCUCUUUAGCUUCAAUCAAUAGCUUCAAAUUAGUAGAAAACCAAGCGGGGAAUUAUUAUUAUAAAUUAAUUUUCGGAUAAAAAUAUUAAUUGGGUCAUAUAAGAUAAAGUGAAAAUUUUUGACAAGGUCAUUCACAUUACCUAUCAUAUUAGUUGAAAUUGAUAGUAGAUUAAGAGUUAUCAAUACAUUUUACAAUUUUGAGGUAAUCACAGUUUAUGAAGUCAUAAAUACAAUUAUUAACAGGUAAAAUGGUGAUCUGAUUACAAUUUAACAAGAUAUUGUUGCUUAUCAAUUGGUGAUAGUGGGUCAGGGUCUUUAGAGAUAAUAAUAUGAACAUUAGAUAAAGCUAAGUCUAAGAUAACAUUAUUAUGGUUACGUACUGAAUUAAAUUGCGAUAGCAUACUAGUAAAAUAAGUGUAUUUGGGAAUGGAAUUUGAGUGAAAGAGAAUAGAGAGACCAGUCUAAUAAAGGCAGGUUAAAAUCACCUAGAAGAAUAAAAUAAGCUUCAGGAUUGGAUAGAUAUAAUUUAUUAAUUUAAUGCCAAAAAAUAAUUCUCAUAAGAAGUUAUGGGUGAAACAGGUGGAAUAUAGACACAAAAAAGUAUAAAAACCUAAAUGUAGUUAAACAAUAAUAUAUUCAACUCUAAAACAUUGACACUUAGAAUUAUAUAUUUAUUAGAUAUUUUAAUUUUGCGAGUUAUUUAUUUGUGAGUAAUUAUUUGUGGAUAUAAUUGUUAGAUUAAACAGAAAUGUUUGAAUAUUUAAUAUAAGGAUCAUAAUAAGUUGUAUUUAAUAGUAAACAAGAAAAAGUUCAGUAUAAUGUGGUAUUUUUUUUUUUCAAAAAAUUGAGUAAUGUUUUUUGUAUGAAUUUUAAUAUUAAAUUUGGAUAAAAUUAUAAAUAUUAUGGUUUUUUAAAAUAACCGAUCUCUGUUCAGAAUUGUUUUUUGUUAGCAAUGAUUAAUUGUUGAUUAUAGAUAAAAGUCCCCAUCAUAUCUUACCUUUUCAACUUCUCACCUAUAACAGUGGCUCAUUUACUAUGCAAAGUAUGUUCUUUAUUUUUAUACUGGACUUGCAUUAUACAAAUUUGAUAUAUUAAUGUUUUGAGAAAGUAAUGAAUUAGAAAGUAUUGAUAAUAUUAUUAAGAAUAUUUUUAUAAAUUUGAUAUCACUUUGGUACCUAUUGUUAAAUUUUAGUAAAUAAGAAAUAAGUUGCUUAUAACAAAGUAUGAUGUAUUUGUUUAGCUGUUGAUAAGAUAAUUAAGAUGAGUAAUGAUAAACCGGUUUCUGCAGUUCAGCCUUAUGAAGAAAGUUCUGAUAAUGAACCUCCUACAAAAAAACGUAAAUAUUAUAAAUAAAAUAUUAACUUAAUUUUAUUGGUAAAUAAUUUAAAAUUACCAUUUAAAUAAUAUUGUAUAUUUAUAUCAUAAGUUUAAGGAUUUAUGAUUUAAGAUUUUGAGUGGAGCGAAGAAGCUUAUGGUUUUACAAAGAUGUUUUUUUUCCUGACAACUUUUCUACCAGAAAUUUUGCACCAAUUUAAUUGAUAGCAAUUUUUCUAAAAGAAAAUUUGAUUGGGGAGGUACUUUAAAGAGAUCUUUUGUUUAUUUUCUCACUAGUAUUCCCAAUAAAUCGGAAAUCUACAAAAGAUCAAAGAAAAGCUGGAAAAUAGGUACAAUAUUGAACAAAUAUUUUUAAAGAAAUUAUGUUUAAUUGUUUUACUAUAAUAUAGCAUAUAUAUUGUUGACAAAGGAUCACUAUCAACUUAACUCCGCUCAGAAUUGUUUUUUUUUGUAAGCAAUGCUUUAUCCCCAUUAUCCUAUUGUUUCUAUUGUGCACAUAAUACAAUUUAAACAAUAUUAUUAAAAACUAUUAGGAAUAAUUGUAUUGUUAUAUAGUAUGUGUUACAACUGUUAAACUGGCCAAGAAGGAUAAAUUAAGUUCAGAGGAAGAAUCUGUACCUCCUGUACCAAAAAAUCCCAAUACUAAACUUAUAAUACAACCUACUGGUAAAAAAGCUACAGAAAAAUCUUAUGAUGACAGCUGUGAAGAAGAAACAGUAGUUAAGACUCCUGCUAAAGAUCAUAAAGUUCCUGAAGAAACUGUAAUUAAAACACCUAAAAAAGUUGCUAAAGGUAUCAACAUCUAUUAUUUAUAUAAGUUACCAUUCAUGAUCAAAAUUAAAAUUAAUAAUUUUUUAGUAUUGUUAGAUCAUAGAUGUGAUAUGAUUUAUUUUGAAUGAUUAAGAAGGGCCUUUUUCAGAGUUAAAAGAUAUCAUUGUAUUUGUCCUUGUACUGGAACUAAUUCAGCAAUAUGAGGUGUUCUAAAUUGUUAUCAUUCUGCUUUUAAUUCUGUUAAUAUACAUUUUUUUUUUUCAAUCAGAUUUUGUGCAAGAACAUAUAUAUAUGUAGAGAAAAAUUAAAUUUUAAUUUCAUUCUUAAUCACUGAUAACAAUAACUUUAUUUUUCUACUUUUUUAAAUUUUCAAAAUAGACAUUUUGUUAAAAGAUAUUAUUGUACAUAAUUGAAUGUAAUAUACAUUCAAUAGUUCUGAUCAAUAGUUUCUUAGUUUCUUUAGUGUUUUAAUGUAUAGAAAAUAGGUGUGAAAACUAUUAAUAUUUAAUAGAAGAUAAGAAAUUACUGUACUGAUUGUGAUUCCUUAUUGCCUAUUAUUCUAUUGAUGUUACAUCUUGGGAACAUGAACAGAUAACAAAGCUUGAUAAAUAAUCACAAAUAAUGAGAACAUAAUAACUGGGAAUUACAUUAUGUAUUGAAAAUUAAUUUUUUUCUCUCCAAAUUUUCUAGAAAUCAAACCAGAAAUUAUUAAGAAAUUUAAUUGGAUAUGAAUGUGUGUAAUAUUCAAUUUUUAGAAUAAUAUCUUUUUUGAAAAUUUUUAAGUGAUAAUAUAAAGUUUUUUUUUUCAGUAAUUAAGGGGUGUUAGAACAAAUACAAAUUUUAUCUAUAAAUGUAUUCGCACAAAACUGGAUUGAAAAAAAAUGUGAAAUUAAUAUUAACAGAAUUAUUAGCAUAAGAAUAACAUUUAAUGAACCCUGUAUAUUAAUUUGAACUUUGAGCAAUAUCCAGAAAGAGCAUUGUCAAUGUAACAAAUUAUUCACUAGGUAGUUUGAAAUUAGAAAUUGUGAGUAAUCACCUGUAAAUAAUCAUUGGUGUCAUGAUUACUAUAAUCUUCAACAAUUUAAUUUAUUUGCAAUAUCGUGUUAUGAUCGGAUUUUGUCCUUGUGAUGAGACUAAUCCAGCAAUAUAUUGAUUGAUGUGAAAUUCAUUUUGGCUCGGCAGUUUUUUCAGACCCUAAAUUAAUUUUUAAGUUGAUGGAUGAUUUGCUCUUAAAAGUAAACUGAAUCCCUUAUACCAGCCUUUAAUAUUAUAUAUUUUGUUUUGAGAAGGUCAUUUCGAGUUGAUUUAUAGCAGUUCUAAGACUGAGUCCUAUACAAUUUAGUCUGAAGUAGUUUCUAAAAACAUUCUAUAUUAGGUUCUGGAAAACUAUAACUGAAUGAAUUUAUUUGAGCAUUCUCAAAAUUAGUUAACACUGACAGAAGACAGUCCUGGUUUGAGCUACUUAAGUUGAUCUAAUACACAGGAAUACGGUUCCUGACAUUUUUUCCAGCAGUAUUGCAUAAGUAAUUAAGAGAACUUUGUUGUAUUUUAUGGCGUAUAUUUUAAAAACUUGUUGGAAAGGCUGUAAUGCCAUUCUGAAUAUACCAUUAGUUUAUCAAUGCUCACAUGUGACCAUCAGGUCUAGAUUUUUCUGAGUGCUAAAGAUAUUACUUGAAGUACCACUAUCAAAUUGUAAAAUGUUUUCUUCAGUUGCUGUGAAUGAGUAUUUUUCUGAAACUAAUAAAUCAUACAUAUUUGUGAAACAAGACAUUACUUCUGCAGCUUUCUGCUAUGCAUUAACUAUGUUACAUUUUAAUGGAAAACUUCAGGGAGAAUUCUAGCCACUGUAUAGAGGACCAAAAUGAGUACAAAACUGGACAAAAGUGAAUAAUUUGAUGCUCAAAAAAUAGAUGAUCUGUUAUUACAUUUUGAUGGUAGUGGGAUAAACCUAAUUAAGUCUAUUUAUGUGUUAUCGUAAAAUUAAUAAUUAAUAUACUGAAUAACAAGCUAUAAAUAUACUAUUAUUAACUUUCUGUUUUCUGAUUUAAUUUCUACUCUUAUAAUACUUGUUAUUAUCCAAUAUAAAUUUAAACAUUAAACUUCAAAUAACAUCAUUAAAUAUAUUGAUUAGUAAGUAAUAAUAUAUUACUUUUUUUCUAAAAAUUGUUUUGAAAUAUUCUAUUUUAUUAUUAAUGCUAGUUAACAUUAUUGUUGUUUUUCUUAUGUUAUUGACCUAUUCAAAAUGAAUGGUGCACACUGGGGUUUAAAAUUCAAUUUAAAUAUUUAAUUACAUUAGUGGGUUAUAUUUAAAAAAAAAAAAAAAAAAAUUGUCUGCCCUAAAGCCUAAAAAGGAAUUUAAGUAUCUGUCUAAAUAUUUAAUAUUAUUUGUUUAUUGUUAUUCUAUAAAAAAAUUGCAUACAAUUUAUUAUUAUGUAAAUUACAUAUUAGAGAUGUGAUGAAUUGUUCGAUUUUUGAACUGAAAAUUGCAAAUAAUUACCAAACCAAAUACCCAAAUGUUCGGUUUUAAAUCAUUUGAUGCCAAUUCUGUGUGAUCACCAAUACUAUGUUCUGUGGUGGGAUAGAGCAAUCUUGUUAUGAAAAAGAAAAAUUUAAUUUUUUUCACAUAAGUAUGUCUCAUAAUCUUAAAUCAAUAUUAUUGAAAUUAAUAUUAAUACAAAAAUUAAGAGGCACCAGUUCUUUUUCCAAACAAGUUAUUAACUAACAGCCAAGGUGAAGAAAUACUACUAAAGAAGAUAUUGAGGUGCAAUUACUAGGCUACCUUAAAGUAAAUUCUAAGUCAUGUUUGUAGAGAAAUAAACAUUUCAUAUGGACUAAUUAAAAAAAUUAAAAAAAAAAUACAUAAAAUGCAUGCUUAUUAUGUUAAUUUAGUUCAUAAGAGCAAAUUUAUUAUUCUAACAAGACAAGGCUCCAGCUCAAAAUUCAAAUAUUGUUACAAUAACUGCAAUUACCUCAAUUUUCUAAAUCGGUAGAUAGGUACUUAAGGAGCAGUUCAGUGGCUACCAAGGUCACCAGAUCCUACACCACUAGAUUACUUUCUCUGGGAGCACUUGAAAAUAGUAGUAUAUGUUGUUCCAUCUACACAUUAUCUUCUUGAUUUAAAAAACAAAAUAAUUACAACAUGUAAUCAAGUUACAGAGGAACAAAUUAUUUGUGCUAUCAUCCAAGAAUUUUUAAUUUGUGGUGAAUGUUGUUAAGAGCACCAAGGUGGACAGUAAAUAAAUAAAGACUACAAAUAAAAAACACUACUGUUUGUACAUAUUUUCAUCUUUAUUAUUAUGUAUUUAUUAUUAUUGAUUAGGUAGGUAUUUUAUAAUCUGUUAUAAUCUAUUAUACCUCUGCAAAUAACAUAAAAUAUUAAAAUUGCUAUAACUCAGCUAUUUUUUUAACUUAGAAAGGAAUUUCUAACUACUAAAAUAAAUUAAAAAUACAAAAAAUAAGAAGUUAUUGUGCACAUGCUCAAAAUAAAUUUUCACAAAAAUAGUCAACAAUUAUUUGAAAAAGUGUAUAAUUAUUUUUAUUAGUAGUUAGCCUAAGAAGUAAAAUUGAAAUACAUGAAGUCUACUCAGUGCACAUAAUUAUUGAGUGUUUCCACUUAUCAUGAUCACACUGUAUUUAAUUAAAAAAAUAAUUUUGAGUAUGAAUUUUUUUUUGCUCCUAUCUGUGCAAAGAAAGCUUCCUAGUUGAAGCUUGCUAUAUAUGUUCUAUAAAUAAUAAUAAUUUUGAAUAUGUACUUUAUCAGCUAUUAAAGGUGUAAACAAAAGUCAAGACAAAUGUAGUUCAAAACAAGCUGUGUUGAAAGCACCAGUUAAAGGUGAUAAAUAUACAAAAAAUUUUAAUUCACAAUUAUGUAAUGCUAAUUUAUAUUGAUUAUUGAUUAUGCAAUAUAUUUAAUAUUAUUAAAAACAUUUAGAAUAUGUGUUUUUUACUUUAGAUCCUUUUGUUGCAAAGAGAACUCAAGAUGAAUCAAGUUCUGAAGAGAGUUGGGAAGUAGAUAAUACAGUAAAAACUUCUGUUGAAGGUGAAAAAUAAAAUAUUAGAUUAAUUCACAUUUAUCUAAUACUAAUCUAUAUUGAUUAUUGAUUGUGCUAUAAAUUUAAUAUUAAUUAAAUAAUUUAGAAUAAGUGUUUUUUCUUAGAUUCUUUUGUUGCAAAGAGAAUUCAAGAUGAAUCAAGUUCUGAAGAGAGUUUAGAACUAGAUGAUGAUGUCAAAUCUUAUAUUAAAGGUGAAAAUUAUAAUAUUAGAUUAAUUCAAAUUUAUCUAAUGCUAAUCUAUAUUGAUUAUUGAUUAUAUAAUAUCUUUAAUAUUAUUAAAAUAAUUUGGAACUUGUAUUUUCUUUAGCUCUUUUUGAUGCAAAGAGAAUUCAAGAUGAAUCAAGUUCCGAAGAUAAUUCAGAAGUAGAUAAUACAGUAAAUACAUCUGUUGCAGGUGAAAAAUAAAAUAUUAGAUUAAUUCACAUUUAUCUAGUGCUAAUCUAUAGUGAUUAUUGAUUAUGUUAUACAUUUAAUAUUAAUUAAAUAAUUUAGAGUAUGUGUAUUUUCUUUAGCUCCUUUUGUUGCAAAAAGAAUUCAAGAUGAAUCAAGUUCCGAAGAGAGUUCAGAACUAGAUGAUGAUGUCAAAUCUUAUAUUAAAGGUGACAAAUAUAAUAUUAGAUCAAUUUACACUUAUCUAAUGUUAAUCUAUAUUGAUUAUUGAUUAUGCAAUAUCUUUAAUAUUAUUAAAAUAAUUUGAAACUUAUAUUUUUUUUAGCUCUUUUUGAUGCAAAAAGAAUUCAAGAUAAAUCAAGUUCUGAGGCUUUUUCAAAAGUUGAUGAUGCAUUAAGAAAUUCAGUUAAAGGUGAAAAAUAUAAUAUUUAAUUAAUUCACAUUUAUUUAAGGCUGUUCUAUAUUUAUUUUUGAUUAUGUUAUAUAUUUAAAAUAAUGUAGAACUUGUAAUUUUUUUUAGCUCUCUUUGUUGCAAAGAGAAUUCAAGAAGAAUCAAGUUCUGAAGAGAGUUCAGAAGUAGAUCAAGCAGUAAAAACUUCUGUUCAAGGUGAAAAAAUAAUAUUAGAUUAUUGAUUAUGUUAUAUAUUUAAUAGCAUUAAAAUAAUUUAAAAUAUGUAUUAUCUUUAGCUCCUUUUGUUGCAAAGAGAAUUCAAGAUGAAUCAAGUUCUGAAGAGAGUUCAGAACUAGGCGAUGAAGUCAAAUCUUACAUUAAAGGUGCAAAAUAUAAUAUUAGAUUAAUUCACAUUUAUCUAAUGCUAAUCUAUAUUGAUUAAGGAUUAUGCUAUAUAUUUUAUAUUAUUAAAAUGUAGAAUAUGUAUUUUCUUAAGCUCCUUUUGUUGCAAAGAGAAUCCAAGAUGAAUCGAGUUCUGAAGAGGAUAGUUCAGAAGAAGAUAAUGCAACAAGAAAUUCAGUUGAAGGUGAAAAAUAUAAUAUAAAAUUAAUUCACAUUUAUCUAAUGCUAGUCUAUAUUGAUUACUGUUUAUGUAAUAUAUUUAAAAUAAUUUAGAAUAUGUAUUUUCAUUAGCUCCUUUUAUUCCAAAGAGAACUCUAGAUGAAUCAAGUUCGGAAGAGAGUUUAGAACUAGAUAAUGAAGUCGAAUCCUCUUUUAAAGGUAAAAAAUAUAAUAUUAGAUUAAUUUACAUUUUCCUAAUGUUAAUCUAUAUUAAUUAUUGAUUAUGCUCUAUAUUUAAUAUUAUUAAGAUAAUUUAGAAUUUUUAUUUUCUUUAGCUCCUUUCGAAGCAAAGAGAAUUCAAGAUGAAUCAUGUUCAGAAGAUGAUAGUUUAGAAAUAGAUGAUGAAGUAAAUUCUUCUGUUAAAGGUAAAAAAUAUAAUAUAUUAAUUCCCAUUUAUCCUAAUUAAUCAAAUUAAUGGUACUUAUUCUAUAUUGGGGUUGGAACAGGUAUUAAAAAUAGUGGUACUUUAACUGGAACCUUUUGAAAAUAUUGGAAGUGGAACCUGAAAUCCUUUCAUCAUUUGCUUAGGAACCUAAAUGGGAACUUAUAUUUGUUAGAUGAGAAUUUUUCAGUUCCCAUUUUAUUUAACUAUUUUAUAUAUUUAGUUCAUAUAUAUUAAUAGGUAGUUAAUUCAUUAAAAAUUUGGUUGAUGUUGUGAAUAUAUAAGGGUAUUUCUCACUUAGUAGAAUAAGACAUUUAUCUGAUUCUUAAAAUGAGUUUAUGGCUGAUAAUCAACCAAUUGGUUGGUUAUUUUAUAAACUCUGUUUAAAAAUAAACGUUAGUGACUACAGGUCUAAUUGUAUUUAUAAUUUUAUAAACUCAUAAGAACUCAAAACUAUAAAAUGUACACUGUAUUUUUGUUAGUGCAAUUGCUAUAUAUUAAACCAGUUGAUCCAUUUAAGUAAACUCAUUAUCUUGGAAAGUAUUAACUUUUUAUCAGAAUUUGUAUUCUAGGAUAAGUAAAAAACAAGCAGCUCUAUAAUUUUAUAUUUGUUACUUUUUGUCACCCUUAUUUUUGGGAUUAAAACUACUAUCUACUUUUAAUUUUAAUUGCAGCCUUUAAAAAGUCCAUAAAUAGAUAGUAUUAGUUAAAAUUAGUUUUAGCAUUGAAUUUUUUCAAUUUCUGUCAAACUGUUGAUCAGAUACUCCACUAUUAAAUUUGGGUUGGAGUAAAGUAGUGUAGUAUGAUUUGUGUGGUGGUAGGGCAGCCGUGUUUAUAAUGCAUCGGCCCAUUAAACAACUGGAGUAUUUAUCCUACUUGACAUUAAUGUUCAGCACCAUUGAAUGAUUUGGAUAAUCAAUAUACAUAUUAUAUGGUGCAUUAUCAUUUAGCCAUACCACAUUUUCCCCCAUUUUACAUUAAUUGUUCAUGUUAAUUGUUAAUUAAUUAAUUAAUUAAAUUACUAUGUUUCAAUCUAUUAACUAAUACUUUUUAAAUUAAUUAUUGUUAUUGUUUUUCAUAUAUAAUUGUAAAAAAAUUAACAUGUUACACGAAAAAGUCACUCAUAUUGAAUGUAAUUGUAUUAAUAUAAAAUAUUUAAUAAUUAUGUUACUAUCAAAUAAUCAUUUUAAUUUUUAAAAUUAAUAGAUAUCAGGAUGUUAACAGGUGUUUCAUCUGAUUAAUGUUUGAUAAUUUCUGAAUAGUCUUUUAAUAAUAAAUUAGGUGUAAUAGGCCUAGAUGUUUGCCAGUAGGGACAUACCUUAAGCUAUCCAACAACGUAGUACACAUUUGAAUAAUGUUACUUUUAUUGUUAUUAGAAUAACAAUCAAGAACAAAUUUUGGUUUACACUACCACUGAUUUCCACUUUUUGCAAGUCCCAUCAAUCCUAUUUUAAAAAAUUUGUUUGGAAGUUUUAAAACAAAAUUGUAAACUUACUUAAGUCCUUUAAUCUUUUGAAACAGCUAUAAUUUUGAUCUUAUCAUUUUUAAUAACAAUAAUCAUUUAAAUAAUAUUUAUACUUAAUUUUUCAAAAAAAUAUACCUCUAGAUACUGGUGUUUACUGGUUAUUUUGAAUCCUCCAAUUAUUAAUUUGAUCAUAUUUACAUUUCUUCUAUACAGAACUUUUACUUUGGUUUAUGGUUGUUUAUUUUUCUUAUGCCUACUUACCUAUGUUGUUCUUUUUAGAUACAAAUCUAACGAUAAUUAUUGAGUUAUUUCCCUAUGAGAUAAUGAUCUAAAACUCACAGAAUGAUAUAAACCUUAAAUGAAAACAUUUUUGUUUACUAUAUAAUUUUAGAUUUAUUAAUUCGUAAAGUCAUUCUUUUUAGAUAGAUUUCAGGAAAAUUAUUUAUACUUACAAAAGGUGGUUUUUUUUAUGCAUAUAAGUAACUGACCUUUUCAUAACACAGCUGAGUGAAGAGCUUUAAAUUAAUGGGUCAUAUUAAUACAUAUUAUUGAAAUUAUGUUGUACGUCAUCAUGGCAUUAAUUAUCUCAAUUUAAAAACUAUUUUUUUUUUCAAAAACUGAUAAUUAUUUUAAUUUCAAAUUUUGAUGUCUUGGAAUUAUACUUAUAUUUAAUUUUUCUAAUAAUAUGAAUUAUUUAACUAGUUACUAUGUAUAUUGAACCUAGAUUUACUACAUACAUACAUACAUACUAUACUACAUUAUAACAAAAUAACAAAUACUUUUUAUUUUUAUUGAUACUCCUAUAAAGUUAAAAACCAGUAUAUUUUACAGUAUCACACUAAAGUUAUUAUUUAAUGGAAAAUAAAAUGUUAAUGUUUGAAACACUGAAGUUUUAAUAUAGGUUUACUAUGUAAUGUAUAUAUUUCACGUUGUAUAUGGGGUGAAAGCCAAAAAUAAUCAGACUUGUAGUAGAUUGGAUUCCCCCUGUACAAAUGGUUGGGGAGCCCAAAUUAUUAACAGUUACACCAGAAACAAAUUCAGUAUCAAUUUUAUAAUUUUUUUUUUUGAAAAACUGGUGAAUUGGAACACAAUCAAAAAUGUCAGAGGUUUCAAACCCCAACUCUACAUAUUAUAAUAAUUUUGAAUAUGUAUUUUUUUAGCUUCUGGCGUUGCAAAGAAAUCUUCUGUUGAAGGUAAAAAUUAUAAUAUUUUAUUAAUUCACAUUUAUCUAAUGUUAAUCAAUAUUAUUCUAUAUAAUAUAUUAAUUGUGAGUGUAUUUUUUUUAGCUUUUGCCAGUGCAAUGAAAUCUCUAAUUAAAGGUGAUGUAUAUAAUAUUUUUGAUUCUGAGUGGAACUUAUAGUUUUACAAAGAUGUUUAUUUUUUUUUUAUCCGCCCAACUUUUCUAUCAGAAAUUUUGAUCCAAUUUAGAAUGAUAGUACUUUUUCUGAAAAGAAAUCUGACUAGGGACAUACUGUAAAGAGGUAAUUUUUGAUUUUCUCUAGAGUUUUUUCAUCAAAUGUGAAAAACUGAGAAAAAACAGUAAAAUAUAAGAAAUGUAGGUAUUUGUUAAAAAAUAUUAUAUGGCUUUUUUUUUCCUGUGAACAACUCUUCUACUAGCAAUUAUGCUUCGAUUCACAAUAGUAGCCCUUUUCCUGAAAGAAAAUUUAGCUGGGAAGAUACUCUAGGAGGUAAUUUUUCAAUUUUUCCAAGAGUUUUCUUGUUGUUUUGUUAAGAAAAAUACGAAAAUCUGAUUAAUAUUAAACAAAUAUUAAAGUAAAUAUAUAAAGCCUAUUUAAUUAUUUUAAUGUAAUAUAAAAUAUAUAUUCUUGAUAAAGCAUCACUAUCAACUGAAGUCUGAUCAGAAUCAAAUUUUUGUUAGCAAUUGUUUAUUGUAUACAUUAAAUUCCUUUCUGUUUCCUACCUUCCCAACUUUCCACCUAUAAUAGUGGCCUCUUUCCAAGUAUGUCCAUCUUUUUUAAUUUACAUUUAGAUCUUGUUAACUAAUAUAAUGCUAUAUUUUUGUAUAUUAUAAUAGUUUUUUGUAUAUAUAUUUAUUUUAGUUCCUUUUAUUGCAAUGAAUAUUCAAGAAGAAUCAAGUUCCGAAGAUGAUAAUUUAGAAGUAGCUGAUGAAAAGGAAGCUUCACUUAAAGGUGAAAAAUAUAAUAAUAUGAGAUUAAUUUACAUUUAUCUAAUAUUAGCCAAUAUGAUUUUAAUUAAAGUAAAUAAAUAUAGUAAAUAAAUAUAUAAAUACAAAAUGUAUAUAUAAAAAUAAAAUAAAUAAAUGAAUCAAUGCAUUGCACUUAUUAUGAUAAGUGUGUAGUACAACCAGUUUUGAAUUAAAAAUUCAUCAUUAGGUAUAUCACAGUCGAAGUGUAAAAACGCAACUGAAUAUAAAAAAUUAAAUGAAGGAUAUAUAGAAAAAAAAAAGUAUACAAAUUGGUAGUUUUACAUAGAAUAUAGAAAUAAUUUAUUUUAAUAGGAGAUAUUAUUUAAAAUUAAUUAUUAUUAGACAUAGAUAUGUUAAGAAAUAUAAAUUAUUUGGUUAUUAUUUAUUAUCUAAAAUCUAUUGAUAUAAUAUAUUAUUUUUAAAAUUGGUUUGAACAUAUAAAAUAUUAUUAAAAUUAUUUUUCUUUAUUUCAUUGUGUAUGUGUAAUUAUUCUAAAACUGAAUUAGUGUUAAUAACAUUGUUAUUUUGGGUAUUUUUAAUAUUUCUAAGUUUAUUAAUAUCAAAACUUAUAUUAUAGUUAUUUUCUAAAACACGUUUAGUGAAAUUUGAACUAGGGGCAGUCUUUUUAAAUUUUAUUUCAGAAAUGUUUUUUACAGUUACAUUUAAGUUUAUAUAUACUAGCAUUUUCGAAAAGAAGGGGGAUUUUUUGUGAAGUUUUUAGUUCUAUUGUUUAUAUGUUUGAUUACAUUAUUUUUAGUCUUAAAAGCAAUUUUUACAUUAUUUGGUGUGUUGCGUAUUAUUGUUUCUUUAAUACAUUAAUGCAUUUUUUGAAUAGUACCUAUUUAAAUUAAAAUAAUUUCUAUAUUAUAGAUAAUAUUGAGCUCAUGUUGAUAAUUAUGUUUAUUUAAUGGAAUACCUCCCAGCCUAAAGAAUAUUGUAUUAAAAAAUGAUAUUUUUUAAGAAUAAGGGUGAUUAGAAUCAUGUGGUAUGGGUGAUACAUCAGUUUGUUUAGGUUUCCUGUAAAUACUAAAAUCAAAUUUAUUAUUUAUUAUGGUAACUGUAAGAUCUAAGAAAUUAAAAUUAUUAUACAUUUGUAUUUCGAGUGUAAAUUGAAUGUUUUUAUUUAUUUUGUUUAAGUAGUUAACUAAAUUUUCUGCUUGUUUAUUUGAACCUCUAAAUAAAAUGAAUGUGUCAUCAACGUAUAUAUAAUAUGCUUUUAUAUAUGGACUUUAUAUUUUAUUAAUAAUAUUAUUAGUUUCAUAAUUUUUCAUGUAAAUUUCAGAUUAAAAAAAGCACUUAAAGGACCACCUGUAACUAAUCCAUGUUUUUAAAAAUAUAAUUUAUUAUUAUAUUGGAAAUAGUUUUGAUUAAUAAUUACAUUUAUAGAUUGAAUAUUUUCUUAUACUUGGUUUGUAUUAAAUUUAUAAGUUCAUAUUUUAAAAAAUGUAUUGUUUCGUGUUUAGGAAUGGUUGUAUGUAAAUUUUUGAUGUCGAGAGAAACCACUUUGUAAACUGGCACAGUAUUAAUUUUAUUUAUUUUAUCAAUUAAAUCAAUUGUUUUUUAUAGAAAUAUCAGUAUUCAUGUUCAAUUUUUCUCUUGCGAUAGUCUAAAUAUUUAGAAAGAUUAUAAGCUGGAGCAGUUUUAAAGUUAAUUAAAGGACAAAUCAGAUUAUCUUGUUUAUGCAAUUUUAAGAAUGAAUGUGUGGUGCCUCUAUUUUAUAAUCAGUUUUUAAUAAUAUUUUCUUUUGGACUUAAGGUAUGAUUUCUUUCUAAUUUGUUAUCAGUUUAUUAAUAUGUUUAGUGUAAAUUAUAGUUAGGUCAUAUAUUAAGUUUUGAAUAUUAUUAUUAUUUAUAAAAUCUAAAGUUUUUUUUAUGAAUUUCAUCAGUAUAAAUGAUAAUAAUAGCAUUAGAUUCAUCUACUGGAACUAUUUCUGAAUUAUUUGUUUUUAAUUUAUUAACUAUGAUGUUGUUAAUAAUUGUAUUUUGUCAUUUAAAUAUACUAUUAUGUUUUAAUAUUUUAUCAGGCUUAGUUUUGUAGUUUUUAUUGGUGAUAUUUAUUAAGUUAUAUCUUAUUUGAUUUUGAAAUUUCAUAUAAUUUAUAACAGAUAACACUGUGUUAAUUGUUUUUUUAUGUUGAUAUGUAUUAAAUUUAUUACCUUUAUUUAGUAAAUUGUUUUUAGCUUUAUUGAAAAUUAUGGAAGUUUAAUUAGUAACUUGUGGUUGGAAAAAGAAUGUUGGUUUUUAAGUUGUAAUUUCUGUGUAUUUUGUGCUACUAAAAUAUGAAUUUUAUUAUUUCCCCUACGCCAUUUUUCAUUUGUGAAAAAUGAUGUGUAUUAUGUAGUAAUUUUUGUUAGAUGUAAUUUUUAAAGUGUGAAGUUUGUAUAAAUUUUGGGAUAAAGUAGUUUCUAAAUUAUUAAUCUCCUACUAUUACAUUCUUUUUGUUGAAUCAAAAUUUUAUUUCAGAGUUUAACUAUAUUGUCUCUUGCCCUUUUCUUGGCUUUGAUUACAACUUCAGAUGUACAUUUAAUAUGUAUAUUCAUGUAUUUUGGAACAAUUUUUUACAAGAUUUAUUGAAGUAGUUUCAUAUUGGUAUUCAUAAAUAUUAUGUUUAAAUAUUCAAUCCUGUUCAUUAACUUAGUUGGAAUAUUUGCUUGGCCUGUUAUAAUAAAUAAUAAAAUAAUAAUGUAAAAACAAAAUUAUUAAAACAGUUAAUACUUGUAUAUAAAUAAAAAAUGUAUGUAUAAAAAUAAAAUAAAUGAAUGAAUGUGUUGCCUGGAGUAUUAUGAUAAGUGUAUUAUUAUAUGACUGGUUUUGAAUUAAAAAUUCAUCAUCAGGUAUAAGACAGUCAAAUUGUAAACCACACUAAAUAUAAAAAUUAAAUGAAUCAUUAAUAUGAUUUUAUAUAAUAUAAUAUAAUAAUUUUGAGUAUCUAUUUUUUUUUUAGCUGUUGAUAUUGCACUGAAAUCUAUAGUUGAAGGUUAGAAUUACUUAUGAUAUUUUAUUAAUUCACAUUUAGCUAUUAAUCAAUAUAAUAAUAUAUAUUUUGUAUAUUAUAAUGAUUUUGAAUAUGCAUUUCUUUUAGCUCCUAUUGAUGCAAAGAAUCAAGAAGAAUCAGGUUCCAAAGAUGAUAGUUUAGAUGAUGAAUGUUUACGAAUACAAAAUGUAGUGAAAUCUGUAUUCAAAGGUGAAAAAUAUAACAUUAAAUUAAUUCACAUUUAUCAAAUGUUAAUCAAUAUGGUUUUAUAUAAUAUAUUAAUUUUGAAUAUGUACUGUUUUCAGCAAUUGGUUAUACAAAGAAUUCUUCUGGUGAAGGUGAAAUAUAUAAUAUAUUAAUUUGAAUUUAACUUUUUUUAUCAAUAUAAUAUUAUAUAUUAAAACAAUUUUAAAUAUGCAUCUCUUACAGUUUAUUUCGUGCAAAAGAAUAUUAAAAAAAAAUCAAGUCUUGAUGAUGAUCAUGAUUCAAAAGAAAAUUAUGCAGUGAAAGAUCCAGGUAAUGGUGAAAAAUAUAAAAUUAGUUUAAUUUAUAUCUGAAAAGAAAUGUGGGGGGGGGGUUGGAUAAUACUUUUGGGAGAUAAUUUUUGAUUUUCUCACUUUUUUUCAUUUUAAAAGAAAAACUGGAAAAAAUAUAGGAAGACCUAAAAAAUAAGUAGUAAUUGCUUUAUUAUGGGAAAUUUACAAAAAAAAUGCUUUUAUUAUUUUUAAAUUUUAUUAUUUGUUGUGAUUCAGUUAAAAAUAUUUGUACAGAUUUGAAAUUUAAACAGAGAAAUUAUAUUUACCUUUUCUGGACAUGGUCAAUUUUUCAAAACAUUUUUGCCAUUUUUAAGCUUUUUAUAAAAAUUAUAAUAUUUUUGUUGAAAUUUAAUUAAAAAUAUUCUUAUCGCUUCUAUGGACUUAAUACUUAAACAAAAAAUUUGUUUGCAUUUUUUUUCUUUUACUUAAACAAAGAAAUAAUGAAUGCAUUUUGGACUUAGAGACUUGUAGUAGAUUGUAGAUGGAUAUAGUACUCCCCCCAGUAUAAAUGGUUAGGAAUUGAAAUCAAUAGUCACAUAAGAACUGUUACAAAUUUUUUUUUUUUUUUUGAAGAACCAAAUUGGAACUAAAAUUGAUAAAAUUAUAAUGGUUCCAAACCCCAAUUGUACACACUGUAAUAAUUUUAAAUAUGUAUUUUUUUAGUUUCUUUUGAUGCUAAUAAUCAAGGAGAAUCAAGUUUUGAAGAUUGUAGUUCAGAAUAUGAUAAUUUGAAAAAUCUUCAUCCAAAAAUAAAAAGGAUAUUGGAGGUUUUAUUUGAAGGUGAAAAAUAAUAUUAAAUUAAUUCACAUUUAUAUAAUGUUAAUCAAUGUGAUUUUAUAUAUUGUAAUUAUUAUGAAUAUUUAUUGUUUUUAGUUUUUGGGAUUACAAAGGAAUCUUCUGGUGAAGGUGAAGUAUUUAAUAUAUUAAUUCACAUUUAGCUAAUGUUAAUCAAUAUGAUACUUUAUAUUAUAAUUAUAUUUGAAAUGUUUCUUAUUAUAUAAAAUUAUUUUUAUGUAAUAAGAACAUAUGUGGUAAAAAUGGAUAAUUGUCCUACCGCUAUUUUGUAAGUUGAAAAAUCAUGAAUUCUAAUUGUGUUCAUAAUUGUUUUUUUUUAUUUUUAGCUACUACUGGUACCCCAAAUAGAUUUAAGGAAGAAUUGUGUUCUAAAGAUAAAAUGGUGACAACAGUUAAACCAGUUAUAAAAAGUAAAUAGAUAUAUAUUUGCAUUUUUAUUAUAAUUUAAUAAUAUCUGGUAUUUAUAAUCUGAAUACUUUUGUUUAGCAAUAACUGAACCUUCUGUAGAAAAAACUACAGUAGAAAGUGAAUAUAGUUCUGAUAAUGAUGAUGAAGAAGAUGAAACUCCAAAACCUUAUGUAAAUGUUGCAUUUAUAUUAUAAUUUAAGAGGAUGUUUUUAGUAUAAAUGACUUACAGUAAUGUGGAUCAUAAGGAAAUUGAGAUGAAUUCUUAAAUUUUAACAGUUUAGCUAUUUUAUGUUUGGUGCUUAACUGUUAUCAUUUGUAAUAAUAUAAUAAAAACAAUGAUAGUUGGCUUAUUAAAAAUGAUAACAGUUAAGCACCAAACAUAAAAUGGCCAAACUGUUAAACUAUCAUUUGUUUCAUUAUAUUAUUUAUUGAUUAUUACAUUAUUAUCUGAUAGAUAUUUGAAUAAUCAACAAUAAUGCAUUAACUUUUAGUAGUUCCAAUUUUUGAAAAUUAAAUCCCAUUCCUAUGCAUAAAUUUCAUAUAUUAAUAAAUUCAAAUUAUUAUGAUCAAAUAAAAUUUUUUCAGACAAAAGUUCAGCCAUUUGUUAUUCUAAAAAUGGUGUAGUUGUAUUUAUAAAUUGUUUAUCACUGUUUUGGGAGAAUUUUAUUAUGUAGGGUUAAUUUUAACAUAUGGGUUAGAUACAAAACUAACUGAUUUAGAAUAAAUUAUUAAGAUAAAACUAGUAUUAAAAUAUUAUUCCUUAUAGACUUCUGUGAAAUAAUUCUAAAGCAAAAGUAAGGUUUGCCAUGAUUUGAUGGUCAACCUAAACCCAAUAUGAAUAAAACAUUUUAUAAACUCAUUUUUAAAUUUUUAAAUUUAUAUUGUUUCUAUAUAGGAUGGAAAUGGAAGCAACAACGACUUAGGUGGUGAUUCCAAAGAAGGUUUCAAAAGCCUUAGAAUAAAUAGUGAAUCACUUGGUGGCUUAAGUUCCCUUGGAGGUUUUAAUCCUGAUAAUGAUCAGAAUAGUGGUGGAGGUGGAGGUUUUGGUGGUAACAGAUCUGUAGGUGGGCAUGAAGGUUUUGGUAGAAAAGGUGGUAGAGGAAAGGGAUUUAGAGAAAAACAAGAUGGUGGUGUUCAUGGUGGAAAUGAAUUCGGGGAAAAUAGAUUUUCAAAUUAUGAGUAA